AUAAUCACUUUAGUACUUGAAACUUGUGGAUGUGGGCAAGUCUCUUAUAAUAAUAUCGCGUCGUUCGUGCGUUGUGUAGAAAUCUGUGAGUUGUAACUGCCCAAGGUCUAACUCACUAUUAUAGUCCUGUGAAGUGUGUGGUUCGAGUACUCACGUCGGACCGGACCGGCAACUUCGGUUUUUUUUUUUACGAGACAUCAGACUACAACGCUCCGCAAUGUCUCUAUUCAGCGUGUUACCAGCACCUACACAAUUCCUUCAGGACUUGGAAGAAGAUGACGAAACCAACGAAACACUCGCUGAAAAAACCAAUACCUUUGAAGUGUACGCUGUUAAAAUCCCUCCAUACGGGAACAGAACUGGAUGGGUACCGAGGACUGUUGAAGAUUUUGGAGAUGGUGGUGCUUUUCCGGAAAUCCAAGUUGCGCAAUAUCCAUUGAAUAUGGGAAGAGAAAAUAAAGAAUCUGUUUCAAAUGCUCUUGCACUGCAGUUAACUUCUGAUGGUAAAGUCAAAUAUGAUGUGAUUGCUCGUCAAGGUCAGAGAAAAGAUAAAGUGAUUUAUUCAAAACUAUCUGACAUGCUUCCAUCUGAGGUGGUCAAUGAAGAUGAUCCUUCCUUGCAAAAGCCUGAUUCAGAAGAAGUUGCAGACAUCACUGAAAAAACAAGAGCAGCGCUGGAAAAGUUGACUAAUUCUAAAGUUUCGGCUGCAUUACCAGUACGAGCGGCCGAUAAACCUGCUCCUGUACAAUGGUUCCGGUACACCCCUACCGAACAAGGACAAGAAUAUAAUUCCGGUUCAAAACAACGUGUUGUAAGAUUGGUGGAGGCUCAAAAAGAUCCAAUGGAACCACCUAAAUUUAAAAUAAACAAAAAAAUUCCCAGAGGUCCUCCAUCGCCUCCUGCACCAUUAAUGCAUUCACCAACCCGGAAGACAUCUGUCAAGGAACAGAAAGAAUGGAAAAUUCCACCGUGUAUAUCCAAUUGGAAGAAUGCUAAAGGUUACACAAUUCCAUUAGAUAAGAGAUUAGCUGCUGAUGGUCGAGGUUUACAACAAAAC